GUCCGAGUGCGAGCCCAGCCGCCGCCAUGGCCACGCAGGUGCAGAGUCUGCCGUCGCCUCACGGAGCCCAGGCCCCGGAGCAACCGCGUUCGGAGCCGGCCCAGAACUCGGUACACGCCCAGGCCCCGGCAUUGCGCCAGGCCGCCGGGCCCGAGCAGGCGUCCUCCCAGACCGGGGCUGGCACCGGCACCAGGCCUGAGGCCAAGCGCCUCAUGGCAGCCCCGCCGCCCAAGGUGAACCCGUGGAGUAAAACGGCCUGUGCCGGCGAGUCCGGCGCUCCCAGCCCGGCUCCGCCUGCAGAGCCCGGAGUGGCCUCCGGACCUGGACCAGGGCCCGGCUCCGAGCCCCCGGGACAGGCUGGAGACAGCGCUGAGGAGCAGAGGGCCGGUGGCUGCGGCCGCAGGAAGGAGUUCAUCGAGGCGCCCCCGCCCAGAGUCAAUCCCUGGACCAGGAGAGUGAGCGGGAGCGGCGUGGAGACCGAGCCAGAAAUGCCAGCACCAGCUAAAGUCGUCAAAGCAGGGAACCCAAGACCAAAGAAAGGAGCCAAGGUCAGCGAUUUUGGUGACACCACAAACUGGCCCACGCCUGGUGAAAUUGUUAAUAACAAGACAUGGGAACCAGUUAUUUCCUCUGAGCAUCCACAGAACAGUAAGCCACAACAGAAUAAAAAACCACCUGCUAGAAAGGAACGGCCAGACAAAUGCGACAGCAGUGAGAGCAAAGAGAACCAGAAAGCCAAAUCUGAUGAAUCACCAGAGGAACGGAGCGCCGAUGAGGAUUCACAAAAAUCUACACAAAAGAGAAAAGGGUACAAGCAAAAGUGGGUUCCACUACAGUUGGACGUAAAAUCAGAGGGUACACAGGACAAGUCAGCAUCGCGCAGCAACUCUCGCCCUCAGACAGAGCCCCUGCGGCCACCUGUCAACAACAGGAACGACUCAAAAGGCUACCAUCGUGAUGAGAAGCAUGACUCACGAGAUUGGAGGGAAGACCGCGAUGAGAUUUCCAGUGUGAAAAGCGAAGGUGGAACAAUCCGCGGGGGCUUCAGGGGACGAGGUCGUGGACGCGGCCGGGGGAGGGGUCGUGGCAGAGGUGCUUCUCGCUCUCACUUUGACUACCAUUACACCUACACCGCAAACACUGACAGUAAUGAUGGAUUGUACAGGCCAAAAUUUGGCAGUGAUAUCAUCUAUUACUAUGACAAUCAGAGCAGUGCGGAGCUGUACACAAUGGAUAAAAAGUUGCUUAAAGACUACAUCAAGAAACAGAUUGAAUACUACUUUAGCCUGGAUAACUUGGAAAGAGACUUUUUCUUGAGAAGAAAGAUGGAUGCUGAUGGUUUCUUGCCAGUCUCAUUAAUUGGAGGUUUUCACCGAGUCCAAGCAUUGACCACUGAUGUCAAUCUCAUCUUGGAGGCUUUGAAAGACAGCACUGAGGUGGAAGUGGUUGACAAGAAGAUCCGAAAAAAAGAAAACCCUGAAAAAUGGCCGCUCCCAGAGACAGACUUCACACGUUUACUUAAUUGCCCAGAAUUCAUUCCUGGGCAGACUUACAAAAAGCAGACUGAGUCGGCUCCUGGUUCACCCCGGGCAGGCAGCGCUGCAAGCUCCAAGACUGAGGAACCCAGUAAUUUGAAGACUUUGCCGAAAGGACUUUCCACCAGCCUUCCUGAUCUGGAUUCUGACACAUGGAUUGAAGUGAAAAAGAGACAUCGGCCAGCUCCUGCAAAACCAAAGAAAUCUGAAGAACCCAAAACCCAAACAUCUUUGAAGCCAGACCAUGAGGAACAAGAGGAGCUGGAUUUCAUGUUUGAUGAGGAGAUGGAGCAGAUGGUCGGGCGCAAGAACACGUUCACUGAUUGGUCGGAUGAGGAUUCUGAUUGUGAAAUUGACGAUCGUGAUGUGAACAAGAUUCUAAUUGUGGCACAGACACCUCCAUAUUUGAGGAAACAUCCUGGUGGGGACAGGACAGGAAAUCACAUCUCCAGGGCAAAACUGACAUCUGAGUUUGGUAAGGUCAUUAAUGACGGCCUUUACUACUACGAGCAGGACCUAUGGAAAGAGGAUUAUGAACCAGAAUAUGCAACCAUAAAGCAAGAAGUGGAAAAUUUCAAGAAGCUAAAUAUGAUCAGCAGAGAGGAGUUUGACACUCUAACCCCUGAACCUCCUGUUGAUCCAAACCAAGAAGUCCCACCUGGACCACCGAGGCCACAGCAAGUACCUACAGAUGCAUUGGCCAAUAAACUUUUUGGUGCAGCUGAACCACCAGUGUCUUGCAUGGCACGAUCUUUGCCAACAACUGUUCCGGAAUCACCAAACUACCGGGGUGCACGAACCCCUCGCACCCCCCGCACACCCAGGUUAAAGGAUCCAAGUCAAAUGUCUAGGUUUUACCCUGUUGUGAAAGAAGGGAGGCCUCUGGAUGCAAAGGCUCCUCGGAAGCGGAAAACUAGACACAGUUCAAACCCUCCACUUGAGAGCCAUGUCGGCUGGGUGAUGGAUUCAAGAGAGCAUCGACCAAGAACGUCCUCCUUCAGCUCCAAUGCCAGCCCAUCAGAGGGAAUCCCAGUCGCUGGAAGCUAUGGUUGUACUCCCCAGUCUCUUCCCAAGUUCCAACAUCCCUCGCAUGAAUUACUGAAGGAAAAUGGAUUCACACAACAUGUUUAUCACAAGUUCCACAGGAGAUGUCUGAAUGAGCGCAAGAGGUUGGGAAUAGGACAGUCUCAAGAAAUGAACACGCUGUUCCGAUUCUGGUCAUUCUUCCUAAGAGACCACUUCAACAAGAAGAUGUAUGAAGAGUUCAGACAGUUGGCUGUUGAAGAUGGGAAAGAAGGAUAUAGAUACGGAUUGGAGUGCCUUUUCAGAUAUUAUAGCUAUGGCCUUGAAAGAAAGUUUAGACCGGAGAUCUUCAAGGAUUUCCAGGAAGAAACCAUUGUGGAUUAUGAAGCAGGGCAGCUGUAUGGAUUAGAGAAAUUCUGGGCUUAUCUAAAGUAUUCAAAAGCUAAGAAUCUGGACAUUGAUCCAAAACUUCAAGAAUACCUCAGCAAAUUUAAACGUCUGGAAGAUUUUCGAGUGGACCCACCAAUUUGUGAUGAAGUUGGCCGCAAGCGUCAUUCUUCAGGAGCAGAAGAGAAAAGGCGUUUGCCAUCAUCGUCUUCCAGUAAAAUCGCAAGCGCCACCAGUGAAGCUGCAACUGGGAUGCAGCUCCCCUCCAAAACCACAACAGAAGAAAUCAACCCCACUCUGAGCCAGAACCCUGCUUCACAGGAAGUGGAAACUGCAGACAAAUAGAGCUUGGACUCUGACCCUCAACUCUGGAUCUUUUAUUUGAACCUUUGGUAUUGUCACCUCGAUGACUGACUGACUGACUGAAAAACUGGGCCAGAUAUCAGAUAUCAGACAUUCUUCAAUGCUGGGCAGUGGACAAAUGUAUCAUCUGCCUGAAGACUUGUAUUCAAAGCCAGUUUCACGUCUUUCACCCAUAUGAAUGAAUGUUGCAUGAGAACAAUUGGCUAAAAUAUAAUUCACCUGCUUGAUUUGGGGUUCGACAAUACAGCUUCACUCAUAUCCAGAAAACACAAAAAAAAACAAAAAAAAUCAAAACCCGUCCCUUGAGAACGGGAUUAAAAAGAUGCCUUAUUACUGCCUGCUCCUGUUUCUGGGCAGCAUAUAUUAAAUUCUGCUCGCUCGGCUAAUGACUCUCCUAUUGGCCUCUAAUCUUGAUAAAAUUAUCAGUUCCUUAUCCUGGAUUUUGAAUUGUCAAGGUUUUGUUUGUACCCGAUUUAAAAGUUACCGCAGGCGGAAUCAAAUAGGGAAGGUGAUUUAAGGUGCAAAUCCUAUUGAGUGGCAGAUAACCUUUCUGUCAGGCCUUAUUCCGCUUGUUUGUGGUAAAGGACUUCAGUUUGAUAACCAGGUAUAAAGAUGUUAGCAAGUAGCCCUGGCAGUGGCUCAUUGGCCCCAUGUCAAACUCUUUGUCAAAGUCACUGCUGCAGUGCCUUUGGCCACAAGCAUUUUAUUGCUCCUGUCCGGUUGUCGUCUUGCUUCUUCCAAACCCAAACCGGCAUCACUUUGAAAAUUGCUACAGCCCAGUUCCGUCUUAGUUGAUGAGCUGCCUGCUUGGAGUAACAGCAGUAACAUUGGUGAAAUUUAUAUCCGGCAACAUCAUUCUCAGAAUGUGUGUUACGUAGGGAUGUCGCAAUGUGAUUUUAUUUUCGAUGUUUUGGUACAGUGGUAAUCUUAACUCCCAUCAUUCUAGCAGUUGUUCUGGAAAUGCAACCAUCACUAGGAGUACAAGGCUUUGCAUUUUCAUUUUGUUAAUCAUUGUCACAUUUAUUGUGGUCUGGUUAGCAGUGUACAGAAAAACUGAGCCCUGUGAUUAUGGCAGACUAGCUACGUCAGAGCCCAUUGGGACACGCUACUGUGAUAUUUGUAAUAUCAUUAUUAUGUUGUGAUUGGUAUGCAUGUUUCUCAUGGAUGAAUUGCAUUCUUGGGCUCUAGGGGAGCUGGUACUGGGAGAAGCCUGAUAGCUUUGCUUUUCUAACUGCAGCUGAGUUCCGAGCUCGGAUUCUGGGCUGGCUUUUCCUUUAGGGGAGCUGUUGAGUAGAGUUUGAUGACCCAUCUCUUUGGAUGGUGCUCUUAGUGAAAGUAAAUUCACUUUUGCUGCUCUCUGACUCCUGCAUUUUGAGUGCUUUUAUUGUUUGUUCUCAUUUAGUUUCCAUCUUCUCACGCAUGCUUGUUCUUUCUUUUCUGUCUCUUCCUCUAUCCCUCUUGCUCUGUCAGCAGGCUUUAUCUUCCCUUCCAUGCCAGUUAGUGGCAUUAAUGUUUGGUAGAAUGUCCUGGGCUGCUUUGGAGACUGGAGGGGUUUUGUGACUUUCCAGCGCUUGCGGAAAGGCUCCCAUAUUGUUGUGUAACUGGUUUGGGUUGAAUUUUUUGACUGGUCUCAUCUGCCACUGUAAAAUCAGGUAGAUGUAAUUGUGGAUUGAGUGUUGACUGAUGUUUAUGCCUUCCUUGCUUCUGUGCUGAACUUCCUGAACGCGAAGCUCCCUGGUCCUUGUUGAUGGAUGUUUAAUCUUUAGGCUAACAUUUGCCAUUGAUGCUAAUUCUUCAUGAAGAUGAGUCAGUUAAGACAGCAGCCACUUGUAGGAAAUAAGAUCCUGACUAAAGCAGGUCAGUUUAAGAAGUUUUGAGUAAUGUACGAGAACUUGGGGAGUGACUUUGCUUCUCAGUGUGAUUUUGAAAACAUGUAUUGUUUACACCAUAUUGUUUGAAGGAGUCCCAGAGACUCCCAGGAGUUCCUGUAAUACAGGGCUAUGAUCACUUGUAAAUCAGUUGGGUUUGACCAAUUUUACCAGAAUUUUCAUGCAAAUCAGACUGACGUACUUAUAACUAAAGAAAACUGCAUUGUUGGCAGUAAUUCAAGGUUGAGGCAUCCUGAAUCCUCAGCCAGCUCAGUUAGGAGAAUGUGAAGCUGCUUUUAUUUAAAUGAGAAAUAGUUUGUAAAAAACAAAUGCCUCCACUAGACAGGAACCUAGGUCUUGAACAUGUUUUUAUUUCAGGUAACGUGGAAUAUUUGCUAAACUUCUUUUUGCUCAUUUUACACUCACACUUGCAUUUAGAACUCCAGUGUAUGAUUCAUGGGACGAUUUGUAUAUAAUGUGAGACCAUGAAAACAAUUAUAGCUGAAUGUCAUUUUUUUUUCCUGGAGUGAGAAAACUAGCCAUAUUUGCCAAAGAAAUUCUGGGUUUCACAGAUGCUGGGAAUAAGUUAGUUGCACAUAUUAUUAAAAAAAACAAAGGUGCUGUGGAUUUAUUCUGCAUUUCUCUGGGUGAAAGGUACAUCUUCCACCAACAGCUGGUUAAAAGUCAUUUUGACUUUUUUUAUUCUUUCCACUUCCCUUUUUAAUGUUUGAACCACUUGCCCCUUUGCCCCCGCUGCCCUGUGUUGUACACUUGGACCUUAAAUUGACCUCAUGUCCCAAUGUUGUUUCCCUGAACACCUGUCCGUUCUCUCUCUCUCUUUCCCUUGCUUUCUAUGCCCCCUCUCCACUGCAUUUGUUUGCUUGACUACCUGCCCAUUCCCCCUGUCCCAGCAUUGUUCACCUGAACACCUGUCCAUUGUCUCCGGAUCCCAGCCUUGUUAGCUGAACACCUACCCAUUCUGCUCUCUACUGACUGCCACUGUUGAAUUUUGCAGCCAGUUGACAGGUGAAGUACCGCAACUUAAACUGUCAGCAUACAUAUAUAAUUAGUAGUCCAGCUUCUCUCUCAACCUGCUGAGGACACAGUCUACAACUCUCUUGCUACAGGCAUAGAAUUUAAACCAUUUCUCCGUGCUAAUUAAACUGAUCUCCCUCAUGAGCAGUGAGACUCAGUGAAAAGUUUGACAGCUCUACAACAGAGCUUGAUGUUGCAGCUGAACUCCCUUCCACCCUGGUUUACUUGAGUGCAGUUUUUCCAAUUAUUUUAGCUGUUCUUGGAUUUUAUAGCAAAAGGUGGUUAACCUGCUGGUUACCUGUUCGGCUAAACAAAGACAUUUAAGCAUGUCUGUAUUCGGACUGCUGCAAUCUUUCUUCCAGUCGCUUGUUGCUGUCUGAAGGUUAGAUCUUUAAUUUGUAUUCUAAAUGAUGAACUUAACUUCGUUGUUGUGAAAUAUCCCAUUUUAACACUUGUAGCUGUUUGCUCUUGGAAUGAGUUUAAGCUUGAUAUAACUGCACACUUCCAAGAGCCGACUUAACAUUCAGCAAAAUCACGUGAUGCCAGAACCUGGUUUAACAUGCAUUGUUUUCUGGAGCCACAAUAUCCACUUGUUCCAUUUUGUUGCAAGUUUGCCCUUUAGAUGUUUAAGGUUCUGUCUAUUGGCUGGAUGGCCCAUUGAACAUUGUCAGUAUUUGGGUGACCCCAGAUGUUUCCAUGAUUUCUAAAUAAUUUCUACUCUAAACUUGCAAGCCAUACACAAGAUUUCAGUUUUGCACUAGAAUUCAGAGUUUAGAAGGCCCUGAACUGAAGACUGGAAUUGACUGAGCUGAAAUAUUUUAUAGAUAUUAACUGUCCAUCUAGACACUGACAGCCCACUCAGUAUUAGUCAUGUCAAACAGCUUGACUGAGAAUACAAAAGUCUCUUUUUUUGAAGUUACAGAGUUAUAAAGAAUCUAGAGAAUGUGCAGUGAAGUAUCCAGGGUAUGUGCAAACCCCUCGGCAGGGGAGGAUGUGAACCUCCAGUUGAUCAGGAGUACCUAGUCUGUUAAAUCUCUGGAAAAGGUCCACAUUUCAAAUUGCUUCUAACUUUCUUGCAACUUAGCAAGAUUUUUGAAGUAUUUGGUAAACCGUGAUGACUCGUAUCUCUUCAAAUGUUCUGUUUAGUUCAUUUACUCAAGAAUCCAGUCGUCUUCUCUCCAGAAUAACGGAAAUUGUGUGAAAUUACUGAGGCAUAUGCCAACUACAGUGACACAGAAGGUCUUGUUCCUGAUUGCAGCCUGGACCUGCUCCAGAUUUCUCCACUGUUGAACCAGCAGUAGUAUAUAUCAGUUCAGAGGUUGUUUAUGAAUUCUUCAGAGUAAAGUCUCUAAUAUUCUGUGAGAUUGCAAACCCAGAGUGAGAACGAGGAAGGAAAGGUCAUGAGUUAGACUAGAAUAUUUCACUGCAUUGAACAGCAUUGAUAUAUUUGGGAGGGGUGGUUGCCUUAAUAUGGUGGGGAUUUGGACAAAGUACCCUGUUGAACUGCGUCACGAGUUUGUCAACGUUACUGUUUAUGUGAAGAUUGGGAAUUGAUUAUGGGAAACCUCAUGACUCUUAACUCUGUAAAUAGUGCACAAGCUGCUAAAGUGCUUUGAGUGUACCUUUUAAAAACAGCUUUGUGAAUUCUGGGCUGCUUGAGGUCAGUUUUGUUUUGUGACAGCAACUGUAUGAGGGGUAAAUAGGUGCACUUCUUUAGAACAUUUAAUUCUAUUUCCAAUAUUAUCAAUGAGCUGUAAGUGUGCAGCAGUUUCUUGUUCUGUGGGGUCGGGCUUGCACUAGUUUCCUUUCUUUAUUAGACAUUUCUUCCCACAAAUAUUCAUUCGGAAAGUUAAAACCAGUGUCUAAGCCCAUUCUGACUGGCAAGUUUCCUGUUAGUUUAGUUUAGUUUAGUUCAGUUCACUUCAACUUCCAACCAUUUCACAUAUAUCAAGACUGCUUCAGGUCAUUCUGUUUUAUUUUAGAUUCCAUCCAAAGCCUAUAGUAAGUGGGCUUUUAGUUUAUUUAAUUUGAUUGCUACUGCACAUAAGGAGUAAGAGCUUGCCCUUUUAAGGGCAGACUUGUACAGGAACCACGGACAGGGCUAAAGGCUCCGUGUAUUGCACUCUUGCCCCCAAGAGCUGGGGUAGCCAGGUCUUUAUGGGCUGGGGUAGCCAGGUCAUUACAUUAAGCAUACAUGCUGGAACACUAGUGCAAUUAUGUUUUAAAUGUGAAUGCAGCUGCAUUUAGCAGAAAGUGAGUGUGUCCUUUUAAGGGCAAAUUCAUAAUUGAACCCCACGUAGAUUCGCAUAUUGCAAUCCUGCUCCACAAACUGUCGCAGCUGUGCCCUUGCAGGCCAAGCGCUGGCUGUGUCAUCCCAGGAGUGGGCAACCAUGUCCUCAGCUGCAGUAUGACUUCUGAUGGUAAACAUAAAUGCUGGAACACUAGUACAUUUCUAUUCACCAGCUUACCCUACCCAGCCCAAAAUAAUUCAAUAUCCAGACCCAAAUAUUCUCAUCUCUGAAUCUGAAGUGCCACUCCUGGCAGAACAUCUGUGUUUGUCCUUUAUUUCUCCACUGAAAGCUGAUGGUUCUGUUUCAGCUGCUUCAUUACUAAUGCUCUUAGCUUUCAACCACCGUGAAUAUUGGUCAGGUGGUUCAGCUUUGAGCACAACCUAUUGUUAAAUAGAUUGACCAAUUGAUGGUUUGUAAAAGGGAUCUGGUGCUUUCAUGAGCCAGAAAUCACCUCUUACAGCGAUGUGUGGCUCAGUAUUUAUUACAGUUCCUUAGCAGUUUAAAUAUAGACAUGCAGAGCUAGGCUGAGUGAAACAUUAACCUGAAGUGGAUGCCCAGAGUGCCUGCUUAGGAUGCUGGUGAGUCUCCUUAUCCUGGCUGCUGUAAUAAUAGAAACUACAACAGAUGCAGAUUUAUCCCACUUUUAAAAAAACAAACUUGUAAAAUACUUGAACAAGAGCUUGUAACAUAAACUAUUAAUCACUUAGAGUAUUUGCUUUUUAGUCUGAUGUGGUUCCUUCCGGGUAGUGUUUUGCCCUUUGUAAUUUGUGGUAAUUCUGCUUUCCUUUUAUAUAAAAAAAACAAUUAAAAUGUACAAAAAAUUAAAAAAAACACUAAAAAGACUAUUGUUUGGGUCUGGUUAUUUCAGUGUAAAAAGAGCUGGAGUUUGACUUUCAAUGCUUUUUGUCCCCUAAUCUGUGUAUUCCCACUGCAUGGGUAGAAAACCCACUGACUGUGCCUAGGAUUCGAUGCUUAGCAGGGCUGUAGUUAGUAACUAAUGCCAGUCAGACUGUCCAAGCAUAAUCUAAGAAUGUCCUGGAGUUUGUCUUUGAGGUUCCAUCUUGUUUGAUCUCAGUUGAGGUUAUGAUGCUCUUUCUGUGCUGAAACAAUUUUUUUUGUGCAAUUUGAUUCCCUUGCAUCACCUAGAUUGCAUGCUUUCAGAUCAGUAAUGAUGCUCUGCUCCCACAUGAUAUUUAGUCACAAGUGCUGAAUGCAUGAUUUAUCUCUACCCCUUUGUAAUGGUCCCUGCAUUACAAAGGCAAACUUCAGGCCAAUUAUUUCAUUUCAAGUCCUAUUAGGAAAUGGCAAAAGGCACUAGAUAUUGCAAACAAUAUUUGCCCUGACAGCAUUCUGGCUCACGUACUUUGUCCAAUUAUUUGGGAGAACUCUGCAUCAAUUUGAACUGAUUUAUAGCUUUUAACUUUUUCUGAAGAGCUAACUUAUAUCAGGACUGCUGCCCUGAUAACCUCUAUCUGAUGACUUGAAGCUAGUUAAUUUCACAACCGCUUAAAAAUUGUGUUUGUAAGAUACAUGCAACCAUUAGAGGAUGGAUUAUCAGCCAUGCUUGUAUUGACUGGUGGACCAGGCUUGAAGGGCCAAAUGGCCUAUUUUCUGUUUCUAUCCCACAGGAGAAGCUGCUGCCAGUGAAUGUUACUGUCCUCCAAGUAGCCAGUUUAAUUUUAAUAAGCCUUAGCUAUGCUACACGUGUUCCAUUACUCGCCAGAAAAUACAUGGCCCAUUUAAGGAAGUGUAAAGGGUAUUAAGAUUUGUUACAGUUGUAACAGAAAACUUGAAUGAGACAAUUUACUAACUUUACAAUUUUAAUAACAAAAAUUAACAAGCAAUAGGCUUUAAGUAGGUAGGUUUACUGCUUUGCCAAAAUAGUCAAGAGUUCAUAUCAAAUCCAAUUUAUUUAUAACUGCUCUUAUCUAAGAAAACUAAGAAUAGCUAACAGAAUAUCCGUCAACAUUUAAAGUAGUAUUAUCUUGAAACCUCAAUCAAAUAGAUCUUUUGUGAUGGGGGAAUAUUUUUUGAGAAGUAUUCUCUGAGGGCUUCUAAUACUUAUAAAUUUUCAGUGCAAGAGUCUUGCAAUUUUUUUAGUAUUGCUUUGACACAACUGCUUUGCAAAUGAGGAUUUCUUGCACUUUUCAUGCAAUGCUGAUUCAACUAACAUUAUUCCUUAAUUAUUCGUAAGACUUUAUGAUGAGUUUUUAUUUAGUCAGUUUCUUUGUGAUGUUUCAUACUUCUUUAAUCUCUCCCUUACUCUUUCAAUUUUAGAAAAAUCUCUGUUAAAGGUUACGAGUAGAGAGAUUUUAUGGGUAUUCCUUUCAUCUUUUCCUUAUCCUUAAAAUCGUAAAAGAAUCCUUUGUUAAAUAUUUAUCAGUAAAGCUGUUUAAAUUAUCUGUCUUAAUGAAUGUUGUGCUUUGCUGGUUUCUAAUGGUAUUCAUGUGGUAAGAAUCUUUGCCAUUCUUAUCACUUGGAUGGUUCCAGUAUUUAUUCUGUAAUUAAUACUUUACUUUCGCUCUGUAAUGGAUAUUUUAAUUUCACCCUAGGUGUGAUGUUACUACGUGUCUUUCCAGACCUCCUUAUGGUGAUU